GCACCUGCAAGUGAAGUAUUGCCAAGAAACGCGACUGUGCCCGCAACGGGAUUAUGAGAAUAGGAGGGAACAUAUAGUCCAUGUCGAGUCCCACGGUGAGCGGCGUCGUUCCGUUCCACUUAGCGCCUUACUCACGUCUUUGCGAGACGUCAAUAUGUUGUUUGAAACGUUAUAUAUAGUCUACUUGUCUUUUCUAUUGGCAAAACCAUGCUCAUCGUUCACGCUCCCGAAUUUCUUGAAGAGAAUUCAAGGACCUCCGCUCCUCCGUUCAGACGGCGUAGAGAGCAGAAGCCAGUCGGCUCCCGGAGCACUCCUCGCCCUUCCCAUCAAUGAACUGCAAAACGGCACCAUCAACGAAGGGCAAGCUCUCAUCGACUCUUGGCUCGGGCGACGGGCUACUUGUAACUUGGGGUACUACCUAUGCAGGAGUGGAACCCUCUGCUGCGCGAACGGAUACUGCUGCACCGACAUCAACACCUGCGUCGCAGACCAAGGCGGCGGUUGCUGCGGAAGCGGGACCUGCGCGGCCGGCUGGAGCUGCUGCGAAUCAGUGGGCUGCUACCCCUUGAACGGACAAUGCUGUUCAACGGGCAUGUACUGCGAAGUGGGGAAUGAAUGCGUCAUGGUCAGCGGGAAGCAGCAAUGCUGCACGGAUGUGAGCUGCACGGCGUAUGUUAGCAGUGGCAUCACGAUUUACGUCACGACCAGUUCUUCGAGCACAUACAGCUCGACCUCCAGCCAGACGACCACAACGACAACGAGUUCUACCGCGAGUAGCUCUCCGGCGGUGUCCACGCCGUCCUCCUCUUCCUCCUCCUCGAAUACUCAGCCGGGCGGUCAGUCGACAGGUUCCAAUACCAAUAGUUACAGCGGCUUCUCCACCGGUGACAAGAUUGCGCUGGGCUGUGGGAUCGGCAUUGGGUUGCCUGCCACGCUUGCCACGGUGUGGAUGUGCCUCCGCAAUAGAAGCUAAGCUGCGCCUGGUGGCCUUGUAUAAUCUAGUCGUAAUACAUGUGGAAGAGCAAUCUUGCUAAUAGUUGUAUUGUUUGACUAAUGGAAGUUGGGAUACGGAUUUAUUUAUAUACCCCAAUACUUUGUAAAGUAGAUAUUAUGACUGGAUUUGUGGGUCUAUAGGGGGGUGUGGAUAUAAUGAAGCAAGUAGAUAUCUCGC